CACAGUUGUUGACUUAUCUCCAUCUCUCUGACAUCGCGCACCGAUUAAGUGUGACGUCCACGUGCACCGGUCAGGUUCCAGAGAUUGCCACGCUGGUCAAUAUAGACCGCCAGAUCGCAUUUUGGACUCGACAUCCCAACAGCCUUACCAUUUCCGAAGCGCUGAAGAAGUCGGUCUUCAGCCCACCUUGCCCUGCCCACAUCUUGGCAAGAGUCAAAUUACGAGUAGACGGCCAGCAACCCAAAGAAGCGUGUGAUCAGUCGCAGCAGUGCUUGCGGCAGGUCAUACUUUCACAAAGGCAUGCGUUGAAGUCAGCCGCCUCACCACCUUUCCAGUCUUCCCUUCAAGCACCUUUCACUCGCGGAUCGUUCUGCAGCAAGUCUGCUAAUACGAAGUGCUUCUCGCAACUUCGAUACACCCACACUGCUGCGCUGGCUUACAGUAAAUUUGUGCCGAGCGGAAGAUCAAAUAGCUGCGACAAUGGCUUCUGGAAAUCCGGACUCAGCACCGCUUUUGCUGUACUCGCCGCCGACGCACACCAGAUCUCCUGGCCCGGAUCCUACCUCGGUUGAUGAAGGCAGGCGCCCUAGCGCUUCGAGCGCAUCAUCCUCAAAUGAGCCACUGCCGGGAGGCUUGGUAAGUGCUCGCUCCACAGAGGCGCAAGAACGGGCAUCAGGCCGUCACAACGCGGCUUCUCCCAGGGCUUCCGGUUCAGGAUCUUCUCUCGCGACCACACAAGAGGAAACGCCUGCAAAGCCCAAAUCGCUUGCGCAGCAGAGACGCAUGCAGGGGGUCUCGUGCGAUGCUUGCAAAUUCAGAAAGGUCAAAUGUGACAGGCGUGCAAAGGUGGAUAAGAAGAUUGCUGAGCUCCAUGCGACUGGGGAGCCUCUGAGCAGCCUCCAAGACGCAGACAUCAGCUGCAGUGUAUGCAGCUCGCACGGCCUGAAGUGCACCUUCACCCAGGCAGAGCCCAAGAAGCGACGUGGCAGGCGUAUUGUGGAGAUACAAGCACAUCAGAGACGCGAGAGCUAUCUCCCUUCGCUUGCGGACGCCGAAGAGGAGGGUGGAGGACCAAGCAUCGAUGUGACCACAGCGGCUGCUGCUGCAGAGGAGGCUCGACGCAGACAUCAAAGCUCAUAUCCUGGUGUAUUUCCGCGAGCUGUCACUACGGCGUCAACUCCUCUUGGACUCUUUUCCAUUCCAGGGCUCACACGGCCCUUGCUAGACACCUGUAUCAUGGCUUUCUUCAAAUUUACCACGCCGACAGUCGCGCUAUUGCAUGCCGAUGUUUUCGCGGCAAGAUACACCAAAUUCUUCGAGCUCUUCAACCCGGGCGGUCCAGCGAAGGUGCAUACGAGCCAGAUGGAUCCCGCCCUCGCCAAGCUUCCACCUUUGACUGAGCUGCUCAUCCUCGCCGUUGGCUGUGCUGGGUCGGGACUGCUACAAGCUCCCGUCACUCGCGAUAAUCCUAGGGCAAAGUUCAAGCUUCAGCAACGCCUGUCCCAGCGGUGCUCGGAGAUCUUGCGCCACGUAAGCUGGACUCAACGCCUGCGCGAAGAAGGCGCUGAUCUCGUGGAAGCUGUCUACGUCUUGGUGGACCCGACCUUCCCGCUGGUCGACGAUCAGUAUGAAGAGGAUCGUGGACCGGCUUCGAGUCUCCUCGGGGUCUCGCCAGAUCCACUACGCGUACAGCCAACCUCCCACGAGGCUUUAGUGCGUCUAACAUUUUCGUUGUCAAUUCACAGAAGGCCGAAGGCGGAACCUGGCGCUCCUCCCGAUGGACUCAGGUGGCGGACUGGAACAGGAGAAUUGAUAGAUGACAGAGAGAUGUUCCGUAAGGCUUUCCUUCGAGGCUCCGUAUGGAUGGCAGAUGCGCUGACAGCGAGACCCAUCCGGACAGGUCGGGUUCGCAUUUGGUGGAACGUUUACAUGCAAGACGCGUUUCGAUCGUUCGGAGCCCGACGCACGCCCUUGAUAGACGCGGAUGCAUACGAUCAGGACUUGCCUCGCUGGGCUCCGCGCAGAGACGGAGACUUCAGUACCUCAUUCGGAAUGGAUCCUCGCGAACAGCCACAGAGAAACGUCUUCUCACCCCAAGCUCCAGCUCCAGUACCUGGUGCCGGGUCGGCAGGGGAUCCGAAUCCAGCCUCCGCAGGGCCUCAACCACCGAGAUUCUCCCGCUUCGACGCCCUUUGGCUGGAAUCCGUUCUCCGACUUUGCUUCAUCACCAGAACCGUUGGCUCCCGUAGCGUGUCUCCGCGAGCUCAAGGUCGUGGUGUGCUGUCGAGUGACAUGGAGCACGCAAUUGUCUCUCUCAGUGCCUGGCAAGCCCAACUGCCUACGGAACUGCACUGGGAAACGCAGGCUGGCGAAGGCUGGGAGGAGGGUCAACCACCCCCUAGCUUAAGCAGCAUCGAAUUUCGUAAUAGCCUCAAAGCGGCUUUUCUGGAAGUGCUGGCGCACGGUCAGGUGCUUGGAUGCUGGGCUGCCGUCAAAGAUUACGGGCUUCGAACGGAAGCAGAUGUCCUAGACGCAGCAGGCAUGCUCGCUGCUCGCUUGAAUAUCGGUGAUAAUGUAUCGCCUCUGCCGUGCGAAGACACAGCGAGCGCGGAUCCCCAAGUGCGCAGGUCUGCAAGCGUGAGAGUCGGCAUUGCUCAACCGAACGUGGCUGCGACCGUACCGAUGUCAAGCCUGGUCGAACAGGGACCUGCACCACCCGAAGUGGAGGGUCGCGUUCGCUCCAGACUGGAGGGGCUGGCUACCGCCAGUUUUCUCAGAAUGAGCAAAGUCGCAAGUCAGGCAGCCGCUGUAGGAAUUCUUCGUGCCAGUCGUACAGUGCUUCGAGAUGUCACUUGUUCGUACGCCAUGUGGGGUUGUGGGCUGGCGGCCGACAUCAUGAAAGGAACAGAAGCACCAAGGAUAGGCCCCGCCGUCCUGUUGGAGGAGGUGAUACUUGCGACGGCAAAGUUGGUCGAUGCUGUGUCCCGCGUGGAUAGCGUUCAAGAUACACCAGCCAUGACGAGAGGCCUCGAGAACAUGCUCAGCAAGUUCGCUGGUGGUCUGGACGCAUUGAGACGCGUUCGAGGUGAGCCUAUCAACGCUGCCUCUGUGCAAGGCCAAACCUCAGAGAAUGGCAAUACUGUGCCUGGCGCGGGCACGCACUCGCCUGUCCAUCACCACCCCAACACUUCUCCUGCAGCCAUCAACAUGACUGCCGGCAUAACGCCCACGCCGAAUUGGUUCGCCCCACACCCUUAUGUUACCACUCACGAUGCGUAUCAGCAGGCAAAGUCAAUGCGCACGGACGAAAUUGCGACGCUUUCACGGCACGCUGAUGCAGCACUGUCCGGCGACAAUGUCGAUUCUGCGAUGGAUAGUGCGGACAGCAACUGGCUCGAGCAAUUUGUCGCUGGCUGGGGAGGUCCAACCUCCCACGAUGGCCCCUCCAACGAACCUCAUCACGCAGGACCCGGCCUCGGGUUUAGCAUGCCGCCACCAGGCGCUGCCCCGCACCUUCACGGAGAUCACUCUGCCACGGAAUCGACGGCUCAAUUCUGGCCGACAGGUCCAGCGACGGAUCACCAAGGCUAUCAUCAUUUCGUAAGCAACCCGACCACCGCUCAAGAUUGGGCUGGACAGGUCUGGCACGGAUCGACCGCGUCUUUUGAUCCUUCUCCAGCUCCACUGGGCUCACUGGAGUGGCUCUGGGGUGCAGGUCCUCAACCGCCUCCACAGCGCUGAACAGCUUGUACAACGCAAGUAAGCUUCGCGCAGAAAUACCAGCAAGCUGCGCACAGCAGCCUCGUUCAAAGUGUACAUAAUCCCACAAUCUGCGAUGUAUCAGUACUCUGAGC